UACGAGUGAUGUAGUUUAUAAAUAAGUCUUUCGAAAUUUGUAAAUCAUUUUACUUUUGUACUUUAAAAUAAUGAAAUUUCUAUAUUCCAUUAUAUACCAAUUUAUAUUUCUAAAAAUGAUCUUAAGUUAGUACCAUAACUAUGACCCGUGCAACGCACGAAGGGAAAGAGAAAAAAAGGAAAAAUAAAAGUUGAGCACACCCCAUAGCCUAACCAGACUACCAGAGUUGUGAGGCGCCUGCGUGUCACCCGUCAAGCACUCUUAAACCACCCACAAACAUAGCUUAGUUUGGAGAAAUUCAAGGGAGACAAGCCCUAACCAGUUUGGCCGGCAGCCGGAAAAGCUGUGUUACAACAUUCUCAUGAAUCCCUUCCGAAACCCCAACGCUCAGCUUCCAUUAAUGAAUCUCGUGAGGCUUAAAGGUGUUCCCAUUUUGGAGCAGUUGCAUUUGGAGGAGCGACUGUUAAGGACCUCGUCCGAUAAUUGGUGCAUCAUCAACGACGGAACCGAUCAACCCACCAUCGUUAUGGGCGUCUCUGGGAAACCUACUCAACUGAUUGAAGUUCAUUCUGUUUUACAAGAUAAGGUUCCAGUCAUCAAGAGGUUUACUGGUGGAGGCACAGUGAUUGUUGAUAAUGGCACUAUAUUUGCAUCCUUCAUAUGCAAUAAGGAAGCCGUUCCAGGUGUACAACCAUAUCCCCAACCUAUCAUGUCAUGGAGCAAUAUAUUAUACAAAAAUGUGUUUCAAGGCAUUGGAGAUUUCGCUCUUCGUGAAAAUGAUUAUGUAUUUGGCAACCAUAAGUUUGGUGGGAAUGCACAGUCUAUCACAAAAAACAGGUGGAUUCAUCAUACAUCGUUUUUAUGGGAUUUCGAAACACCAAACAUGGCUUACCUCAAACUUCCAAAACGAGCUCCUGACUAUAGACAGGCAAGAGGGCAUUUGGAGUUCAUAUGCAGACUGAAGGACUACAUGUCCAGAACAGCCUUCAUCGAUAAGACCAUAGAUGCAGCCAGAAGUUAUUUUUCUGUGAGAUUACCGGAGCUUGAAGAAAUUCAACGAGACACGUUGAGCAUCAAAUUUACACCUGCUUCUAGGCUUGUUACAUGUGAGGAGUUGGAGAAAGAGGCUGCCAUUGUUGGGGUAACUAGCACCAAACAGACAAGAUGAUUUUGGGGCCCUUAAUUUUCUGAUUUUUGGUACAGAGGAAGUAUAUAUCCACCAGCUAAUAUAGGCUUUCUCCCAUAAUAUAUUGAAGCACACAAAGACAAUAACAUUGGCAAUGCUAAUGCUUGUUUGGCCUUUCACUUCACCUAUUGCUUUCUUCAACUUGCUUGGCAUUAUUUAUUUCUUAUCUCACAAGCCUACAAUGAAAUGGUUGUUGUUUC